AUGCCGCUGGACAGAAGUGUCGGCGUCCGCUCCGUCGCUGCGACUUUCCUGUCGUUGGCGACGCUGACGGUGCUCCUCCGCUGCUACACCCGACUGCGCGUGGUCCGCGCGUUUGGGUGGGAUGACGGGUUAAUGGUCAUGGCAAUGGCCCUCUAUGCCAUGUUCUGCGGCUGCAUGAUCGGGGGGAGCCUCUACGGCACGGGCAAGCGCUUCGCCGAGUUGACGCCCAACCACCGCGUCACGGCCAUGGAGUACUGGUGGCUGUGCGAAGUGGCCUACUGCGGUUCCUCCAUCCUGUGCAAAUGCUCCAUCUGCGUCUUCCUCACGCGCAUCACCGUCAAGCGGCGCCACCUGAUCGGGAUCUACGCGGUCAUGGCCUGCACGGUGGUGGUCGGCCUCACCUUCAUGUUCCUCCUCCUCUUCCAAUGCCAGCCGGUCGCCUAUUUCUGGACACGCGCGUCCUUCGACGGCACUGUCGCGGGGCGGUGCCUCAACAUCGAGGUGAUCAUCGCCAUGACCUACACGUACAGCGCCGUGGCCGCCGUGUGCGACCUGGCGGUGGGCGUGCUGCCGGUGGUCAUCGUGCGCAAGCUGCAGAUGCCGUGGCGGCGGAAGGUGGCGGCGGUCGGCCUCUGUAGCAUUGCAUGCAUUGCGAGUUCGGCCGUCAUUGUGCGGAUGCCGUUCGUUCACACGUUUGCCGACUAUGACUUCCUCUAUAAUACCUACGAGAUCGCCGUGUGGUCCAAUGUGGAGGUGGGGGUGGGCAUCGUGGCCGGCAGCCUGGCGACGCUGCAUCCGUUGCUCAAGCACCUCCGCAGCAGCGCCUGCGGUGCCGGUCGGCAUCGCCUGGGCAGCGUCAGCACCAAGGGCUCGUCGCACCCGGCCUCGCGCAAGGAGGAGUUCAUCUCCGUCUCGUCCUACCCGUCCGGGUCGGUGGUGCUCUUCCGCCCGGGGAAUGUGCUGAACAUCACCACCACCGUCCAACGCGACGAGUCGGGGCUCGAGUCCGGGCGGCCCUCCACCACCGGGGACGCCCCGGAGACGGACCCGUCGGACAACAGCAUCUUCGUCCACCAGACCUUCAACCUGAACACC